UCUGAGAGGCAGACUACAGAGAGAAGCAGUGUGAUCUGAGCUUCCCACCGACGCUCCAAUCGAAUCCUGCGAUUGAUCUCUCAGCAAUCGCUCCCGCCAUCUCGCACGGAUUCCGUGGCUCUGGAUCUACCUCUGACCUCCAAUGGCUUCCCCAAUCAUGCAUUAACUCCGCGUCUUCUUUUGGAGGUUGCAGGAAAUGGUGGGAUUUAUCAACACGAUGACCUUCGAUUGGAGGCUCGCACAGCUUGUUAUGGUUGCUCUUUUAGUAAUGAUAGCUUCUUUCUACGCUGGCACUCUCUUCGGCAAUAGCUCUGCUUCCAUUUACGAAACACUACCGCAGAAGGCCGAAAAUCAGGAGCAAUCGUCUGCCGUCGAUGGUUCGCCUGCAGCCUCUGAUUUGUUCUUGGCAGAAGUUUUUACAAAUAAGGUUAGUCUUACUUAUCGGACAGAAGAAGUUCGGAUCCCCGAGACAGGGAUGAAUAUCUGCCCUUUGAUGUAUAAUGAGUAUAUUCCCUGCCAUGAUCUCUCUUACAUAGAAGAGAUACUGCCAAAGUUAGAUGUUUCUAGGAAAGAAGAGCUAGAGAGGCACUGUCCUCCUCUGAAUCGGCGCUUAUUUUGUUUGGUGCCUCCGCCAGCUGAUUAUAAGAUACCAAUUGGAUGGCCAACUAGUCGGGAUUAUGUUUGGCGAAGCAAUGUGAAUCAUACGCAUCUUGCGGAAGUAAAGGGCGGGCAAAAUUGGGUGCAUGAGAAGGAUCAGCUGUGGUGGUUUCCGGGAGGAGGUACCCAUUUCAAGCAUGGAGCUCCUGAGUACAUUCAAAGGUUAGGAAAUAUGAUGACUAAUGGGAAUGGUGACCUUAGUUCUGCUGGGGUAUUUCAAGUUUUAGAUGUUGGAUGUGGAGUCGCAAGCUUCUCAGCGUAUCUUCUUCCCUUAAAUAUUGAAACCAUGUCUUUUGCACCGAAAGAUGGUCACGAAAAUCAAAUUCAAUUUGCUUUAGAGCGAGGAAUCGGUGCUAUGAUUUCUGCAUUAUCCACCAAACAGUUACCGUAUCCAAGCAAUUCUUUUGAGAUGAUCCAUUGUUCAAGAUGUCGUGUCGAUUGGCAUGAGAAUGAUGGGAUUCUUAUUAAAGAAGCAAAUCGCCUCCUGAGGACAAACGGAUUUUUCGUGUAUUCUGCACCACCUGCUUACAGAAAAGAUAAAGAUUUUCCUUUGAUUUGGGAUAAAUUGAUAAAUCUAACUUCUGCAAUGUGCUGGAAACUCAUUGCUCAGCAAGUCCAGACUGCAAUUUGGGUUAAGCUGGACGACAACUCUUGUCUCCAGCAAAAUGCACAGCAGAACCUUAUCAGUUUAUGUGAUCCAAAAGACGACGAGAAACCUUCAUGGAAUAUACCUCUGAGAAACUGUGUAUCGGAACGCUAUGUGCAGAAACUUCCGCCAAAGCCCCAGCGUCUGUCAGAGUAUUUGGGGAAUCUCAGUAUGCUAGGUAUCAGCCGGGACAACUUCUUGUCCGACACAUUCUAUUGGCAAGACCAAGUUCGUCACUACUGGAGACUUAUGGGCAUUGAAGAAAAGGAAAUAAGGAAUGUGAUGGACAUGAAUUCUUUCCUUGGUGGGUUUGCAGUCGGCAUGAGCACAUGGCCGGUUUGGGUUAUGAAUGUGGUACCUGCAACGGCAAACAACACAUUACCUGCCAUUUAUAAUCGGGGUUUGAUUGGCACUUUUCAUGACUGGUGCGAACCCUUCUCAACAUAUCCACGCACGUACGACUUGUUACAUUCCAACCGCCUCUUCUCUCACUACAAAAACGGUGGAUCCGGUUGCUUGCUUGAGGAUAUCAUGCUCGAGAUGGAUCGUAUAUUACGCCCUCAGGGGCAUGUUAUUAUUCGAGGCGAAGAUGAAGACGUCAUUACAAGAAUUAAAAAUCUUGCUCCCAAAUUUCUAUGGGAAACAAGAGUACACACUCUUGAAAAUGAUCAGAAGAAAGAGGAACAAAUCUUAUUUUGUCGAAAGAAAUUCUGGGCUAUCCAUUGAAAAAUGAUCGUUAAAAUCUUUGGUCUCUAUCGAAAGCCCUCAUCGAGCUAUGCAAAGAAAGGACUGACCACGACAAGUUGUGAAUCCAUGGUUGUUUAAGCGGCAUUUAUCCGUAAAGUCAGUCCAUCCCGAUUGCCUAAGGCAGGUACACCCGAUAACACAACUCGGUAACUUCGUUGAAUGUGUAUUUUUUUUAUUUUUUUUUUUGUGUAAUAUUGAGAUUUAUAGAGGAAAUGUUUGGGAGUAGAAUUCAUGUUUAUUGAUAUUUGCUGUUUUUUGGUGAACUGAAAUUGGUGUUGGUUCAUU